UAAGUCAAAGCAUCAUGGUAGAAAAUGUGAUGAAUUCAGCAGCUGGAGUUUCCGUGCUUCUUCUGGCGUUUGUGAAACAUUUUUAAAAAAACAACACACGGAUUUAUAACAUUUAAAUACAAGGAUCUACUCACUGCUGGCACAACUGCUUGUAAUUUUAAAUCAUUUCAGAGCCUGAAAUGUCCAAACCUGCACUACUUUCUCUUCAUCAAGCUCUGAGGAAAAGCUUCCACAGUCUUGAAAGCAACCAGAGGGAAUGGAGGAGCGUGUUGGCCGAGUGCAGCCCUCUCAUGGAGUCUCUCGGGAACUUGGCAGAGCAGUGGAGGGCUCUCUCCAACGUGCAGAUCUCCAACACGCCGCUCAGAGACUUCCCCGACCUGCAGGAGAGGCUGACAUUCAAACUUCUGCAAGCCACGGAUACUGUCCUCCUCAAAGUCAACGAGAAGAUGUCUUCACUCCAGUCAGUCAGAGACUCCGUCAGUAACCAGGUCUCUGCAGUGCUCCAGCUUUACGAGCAGAACUCAGACAGUCUGGACCUGCUCACGGUUACUGAACGCUCUGCCACCGCCCCGUCGGUCUCUGACAUGCUGGGGUGGCUGCAGGAUGCCGAGCGUCACUAUCGACAGCAAUUUCUGAGGAGGAAGACUCUGCUGCUGACACUCAGAGCAGAAGAUCUCUCCCUGUUGGAAGACGCUCCCAAAAGAUGGAAAUCCAUGGAGUCGUCCAGUGCUGAAGACAGAAUCACAAAUACGCUCUGCAAAGUGUCCUUUUUUGUCGAGUCCCAAUGAAGUGGUGAUGUAAGUGGAACUCUGAGCAGCUUUCAUUGAAGAAGAAAGAGCGAUAACCUCAAAGGAACGAUGAAGAAACAUGAACACAAAGCUCAGAGGGACAGAUUUCUGUAUGGAUGUGAGGAGGAGGACUAGAGUCCCACUUUGUCAUCAACAUUUUGAGGGGUCAAAGUGUGGCAGAAGAAGAAGUCAGCAUCAUUUUGGUGCUCAAAGAUGACACAGUGAAAAUGAAUGUGUUGGCACAAACCAACAUGUAUGAUAGAGGACAGCCUCCACACACAACGACAGACUGGAUCAAAAAAACUGUUAUUGAGGCACACUUUAACAAACCUGUUUUAUUUCACACGUUGAACGCAGACACUCAGUGAAGACUUUAUGUGUCAAAUCAGGAGGUAAAAAUAACUGCUACAGAAAUCACUGCAACCAUGACAACACAAGCCAUCAUAACUGCCACUGUGUACUUUUUUAAAGUACAUUUAUGCAUCAGGCUUUCUUCAGGCUCUGCUGUAAAUCACAGUAAAAUCAUUAGAAAGAAUGCAUGUUAAAGACAUUUGGGCAUUGACUUCACUUUUGAAACCCAGAAUCUAUGUCCACUUCUUUAUACAAUCUAUGAAUAAAAAGUCAAGUUUCAACAAACAAAAUGUUUUUAAAAUACUGCAGACAAGUUUAAAAAGACAAAUAAAUACAAAAUGAGCAAAAUAUAAGUUAACGUAAUUUCAUAAAUAUAUAUAUAUAUUAUAUUUAUUGGUUAAAAUUCACAGACUUGAGACAGGUUAUUUUUUAACAAAGAACCAGAGUUACAAAGUUGAUCCGCUCCUCCUCCUAUACGUACUCCUUUAAGGGUAGACUGUUGGAUGUGAUGGGUUUAGGCGGAUCCGGCGCUGAAGGCGGGGAAUUAGCAAAGCUCCGGCCUAUGUAGCCCCUCCGAUACCUGCCCCCUCGCUCCAUGAGGGGGCAGGUGCUGCUCAGCACAGCCCCGCUGAUCAUGAGGAUAACAGCGGACGCCCAGCCCAGAUAAAUGGCCUGACCCAGCUCCCGUUUGUGCAUGAGGGGCACGUUGGGGUUGUAGAAAUCCUUGACGACAGUGUUGGCGGUCCAGGAAACGGGAAUGAGCACGCACAGGCCGGUCAGGAUGAAGAGAACGCCGCCGGAGAGCGCGAUGCCGGCCUUGGCUCGGCGGUCGUCCCCGGCGCAGGUGGUGCACUUCAUGCCGCAGCAGGACACGGUGCAGGAGAGCCAACCCAUGAAGAUGGCGAGGCACAUGAGGGCGCGGGCGGCCUGGAUGUCCGGAGGCAGGGCCAGCAUGGAGUCAUACGUCUUGCACUGCAUGUGACCCGUGGUCUGGUAGAUGCAGUUCAUCCAGAUGCCCUCCCACUUGAUCUCCGAGGUGAGGAUGUUGCUGCCGAUGAAGGCCGAGACCUUCCACUGAGGCAGAGCGGUGACGGCGAUCGCCAUGAUCCAGCCGGUCACCGCGCAGGUGAAGCUGAUCAGCUGCAUGCCCGUGUUCACCAUGAUGUUUUCAGUGGUUCCUCUUUUUUGAAAUAUUCUUUGUGGUUAUCCACUUCAAGUCCAAGUUCAAGUUUUUUGGUUCACUCUUGAAACCAAGAGGCGAAGUUCACUUCUUUUACACAGUCAAUAAAAAAGAGUCAAGUUUCAGCUCCACUCUUUCUUUUCCUUCCAGUCAACUUUCUUCUCCUCAAACUUUUUCCUCCUCAACAGCUGUUUCUUACUCUUUUCCUUUUCAACAUCUGCUUCCUCGUGUCCUCCUCAAUUCCCUCCUCGUUAUCCGGCUCGCUUUUUCUUUGUACACUCACCAAAGGAUUACCCCUUCGCGCACUUUCUCCUCCCUUUCAUUCCUGAGUUCGACUCGAUGCAUUAUUGAGCAGCCGAUAGCUGUGCAGCCACCUGUGGCAGAGCCCCGCAGGAACCCCGAUCGAUCCGGCUUCACCGUCCGGGCCCCCUUUGUGGAUGAAAUGGAUCUCAGCCAGGCUUCUGUUAUUUUAUUUUAUUUGUGUGUGAAAGAGGAUUCCUUUUCUUCAGCUCUGGUUCAAACUCCAGGAGUCCAGUUUUUUUCUUUUGAGCUGCAGUGUCACCGUCCUGGUUUGGUGUAGCCUUACCUAAACGGAUCAGACUAAUAGAACCUGAUACUUGGAUUUCAGUGCCACUGGAUGCUGUUGUGAGUGUAUCCUCUCACAGUAGGGUUCAGAUGCUUGAUUACACAGAAUAAAAAAUCCUCUUGGUGGACGGAAAUCUAACGUGUAGUCCUUGAGGAAUCGUUGAAUCAAACAUCCUGUUCACAUGAAGCACCAGUGGAUAUUCCAGACGCUCUUUCAGCAGGUCUUUUUCCAACAAUCCAACAUCAGACUUUCAGAAUAAAACAAACUUUAAAACCA